AUGGAGGAAAAUGCACUUGCUUUCAUACCGUCCAAAGCUUCUGCAUUGCAGAAAAACAGCGAAUUUCAUGCAGUAGUAUAUGAAUCCUAUAAAUCCAAAAAAACUACAAGGGUUCCUGAAAUAGUUCCUGAAGAAAUAUCACCAAAAAAAGACAGAUUAUUUGACAUUAAACGGGCCAAACAAGAGGUAAUCAAAUUUGGUACUUCUGGUUUUGAUUCCCAAAAAAAGGAGGAAGCCAAAAUAAAUCUGUUGAUUAAGUUAGGUGCCAAACCACCCAAAAACAAAAAUCAAAACUAUAAAUUGCUCCUGACUGAGAAGAAGAAAAAAAAGGAGGCAGAACUUAAACUUGAAACUUUUCAACAACUAGGUAAAAAUAAAUUUGGGAAAUCCAAUGCAAAAGGAAAGAGUUUUGAUAGGAAGCGUAGGAAAGGAAAAGGAGAUCUUCUUGAUAUUUAUGGAAAAGUGAAGCAUAGACCAGAUAAUAAAGUGGAGAGCAGCACCAUGUCAACUCAAAAAGUAGCUAUUGUAACUGGUAGCAACAAAGGUAUAGGCUAUGCCAUAGUGAAAGGCCUGUGUGAAAAAUACAAAGGCCUAGUGUAUCUAACUUCUAGAGAUGAAGGCAGAGGCAAAGCAGCUAUAGAAAAAUUGAAGAAACUUGGCUUCAAUCCCUUGUUCCAUCAGCUGGACAUUCUGGACCAGACCAGUGUGGAUACCUUCAGAGAUUAUAUCAAGGAAACUCAUGGGGGUAUUGAUAUAUUGGUAAAUAAUGCAGCCAUUGCUUUCAAUGUAGAUGCCAAAGAGACAAUAGGUGUUCAGGCUGAGGAAACAAUUAAAGUAAACUAUUUUGGCACCCUCAGAGUCUGCCAAAGUCUGUUUCCUUUAUUGAGAAACAAUGCUAGGGUUGUGAACAUUUCCAGUUCUGCAGGAAAACUGGCUAGGAUUCCCUCUGCUGAUUUGAGAGCAAAAUUAAGUAGGAAAGAUUUGACAAUUCCUCAGUUGAAUGAACUUGUUGAGAAAUUUGUAAGGGCCGCCAAGGAGGGCAAAAUGCAGCAAGACGGCUGGGGUAGCUCCACCUACGUCGUUUCCAAGGUGGCCCUCACGGCCCUCACCUUCAUCCAGCAGAGGCAGUUCGAUGAGGAAAAGCCCGAUCGCCACGUUGCCGUCAACGCCGUCCAUCCGGGCUACGUGGACACCGACAUGACCAACCACAAGGGCCCCCUUACCAUCGAGGAGGGCGCCAGGGCUGCGCUGUUUCUCGCUCUCGAGGCUGAACUGAGGGGGCAGUUCGUUUGGGAGGAUUGUACGGUGGUCGAUUGGUAUAAUUAGGAUUGUCGGGAAUGUUCGAAUUUGCUCUCUGAAUACUGAUUUGUCUACUUUCUACAAGGAAACAGCUAAGGUUUUGUUGUUGAAUAAAAUGAUUACUGUUGAA